AUGGAUGCCAACGCGCAGCUCGAGACCCUAGACAUCGAUCAGAUUGAGAGGCUAGUCGUGAAUCUCUAUGAGCCGAAUCAACCAGCCGUCAUCGCAGCAACUCAAGCUACCUUGACUCAGCUCCAAAACUCACCGAGAGCAUGGUCAAUAGCUCGCGACCUGCUGGCCCGUGCCGACGAUAAAGUCAAGUUUCACGGUGCCCUGAUCAUCAUAAUCAAGUUGAACACAGAGAGCAGUUCAUCACUGAGCGACAAUGAUGCGACAGAACUUCUCUUGAAUCUUGUAGGAUGGUAUCUUGAGUCGUUCUCUAAAAACAGCACACCCUUGGUGACACGCAAGCUUGCCUCGGCUCUGGCUACUUUCUUGAUACAUCGACACCAGGUCUGGCACCGGUACAUCAUCCACCUUGCCAUGUGCAUAAGUUCAGGGCAGGCCCAUCAUCCGGGUAUACUAAAGGAUUCUGAAGCCCCUGCGUCAGCGCUGAACAAUCUAGAUGGCACUUCCCUUCAAGCUAUUCUUUGGGUAGUUCAAAACGUGAUGGAGGACGCAUCAAAGCUCGACCUCAACUCGGAACAGAAUAAUGGUCUUUACAAUACACUACGCGAGAGUGUUUCCGACGCAGUGACGCUCAUGUCUAGAUCUAUGAUGCCUCCUGUGGCCACCCUCCGCACAUACGAGGAUGCCACCAGGUGCCUACAGUCGUGGAUUUGGUUCUCUCAACGAGUUUCCUCCCGAGACAAGCUCUUCAUUGAUGCGCUACGGCCCCUUCUUUCCAUUGUCAUUGACGCCACGCCAAGUGCUCCUGCCGAUUUCACCAUGGAGUUGCUGACCGAUAUCCUCCAAAACUUUUCCAGUCUCUUUACCGAGGAGCAUUAUGGCAUGCUUGCCACUCUGCUCACUGACCAAUGGGCUCAGGAACGUCACCAGAAUAUCCUGCAGGGGGACCCCGAAUUCGACGCGUUCCUUUUCGGGCAACUUCUUCUGGCUUUUGGUGAAUCAAAAGUUGAGGCAUUAAUGCGCGGCGCCGACAAUCAAAGCUCAGGUAUUCUGCUCAGUAUAUGUGAGCUUCUCACAGCUGAAGGAUAUCCAGCUGUUGAAAAUAGGAUCUUUGUGCCCACCCUGGAGUUUUGGUCGACGUAUGUUGAAACUCUUACAGAUGAGAUGUAUUCUGCAGAUUUGGGCCCGGAACAAUGGGUUAAUUCUGCCAUCUCUUUUGCCAUGCAGGCUGUGUCCAACGCUUGGCAGAAAAUUUCGUUCCCGCCCCCUGAUGAGUUCUCUCAAUGGGAUACAAACGACCGCACGGGGUUUAUCGACGCUAGAAAGGAGGUGGCGGAUCUUUUGCAGUCUAUAUACGCCCUCGCUGGACCCCGUAUUGUCUUCACAUUCGCCGAGCUCCUUGUCACAUCCCUAACCCAAGAGUCCUGGCCGCAGGUUGAGGCUGCCGCAUUUUGCCUUGGUUCGCUUUCCGACUGUGUCAGGGACGACGCGAGGUGUGACGAUGUUUUAUUCUCGGUCUUUUCAUCGCCACUCUUUGCCUCGCUCAGAGAUAAUCGGUCGGAAAUUCCGCCUCGGGUGCGACAGACGUGUGUCUCUCUCGUUGAGCAAUUUACAGACUAUUUUGAACGCAACACCGAACUUCUCCCCUCUGCUUUGAAUCUGCUCUUCAGUCUGUUGAACGAAAGUGGUCUUGCGUCACCUGUCUCUAAAUCAAUCCAUCGACUCUGUUCUUCUUGUCGGCGACACCUAUCUCCUGAGGUCUGGGUAUUUAUGGAUGAAUAUCAAAAACUGGUGGAAAGCCAAAAGCUUGACUGUCUUUCUACGGAAAAAAUCCUGGGCGGCAUUUCUUGUGUCGCUCAAGGUUCGGUUGAUGAAUACCAACGCCUGGCAGCCUUCAGAAGGAUACUUGCCUUCGUCGAGGAGGACUUGGCGGUGUCUACGAAGUCACUGAAGUCCAAAAAGCCUGCAGGUAUUCCAUGCAGUCCGGGAUCUCGAUGCUUGGAUGAUGUUGGAGUCGAAAGCCCUGCCCUUCACAUGGCAGUUAGGUCACUUCGGUGUCUAGUGGCCAUGGGACGGGGCUUUCAAUCGCCCUCGGAAGGACCCAUCGAAAUAGAUGGCGCCUCUCGGAGGACCCUGCCUGGGCCAGAACUAGCUGAGAUCCAGAGACAGGUUUUCAGUGUUAUCCUCCAGGUUGAAUCUACAUUCUCUGCGAGCGUGGAGGUUGUGGAGUUGAUUUGCAGUAUCCUUCGCACAGGGUUCUCCGAGUCCGAGGCCGGACCGUUUGUGUUUCCACCUAGAGACAUAGCUCGAUACUUGACGGAGCAUGAAACUCAGACCCCGAGGAUUGGCGUCCUAGUCAGCACUGCAUGCUCUUUUGUCAGCUCCCUCGAAAAGCAUGAAGAAUUCUCUGGAAAGAAAGAGGUGCUUUCAGACAUCCUUCUCUGGGUAAUCAGUCUUCUACGAAAUGCCCAAGAUCCUGAAAGCGAUACGGAGCUUUCUCACAACGCGAUCGAUUUCUCCAGCCGCCUGAUCUCCAAGAGCCCUCAGACCCUGCUUCACUUACAACCAUUCGAUGCUGCGGAGUACCUCUUCUUGUUCACCCUGAAAGUUCUCAAUGGAAAGGAGCCCUUGCCGAAGGCAGCAGCAGCAGACUUUUGGGUAAGCAACUCGCUACUCCUGCUGUCUUUUCAAUAUUCCAAGAAGAUGGCACUUAAGGUGACACUCAAGACCGGCUCUAACAUGGUCUCUCAGGUUUCUUUCAUGAACAUACCGCAGAAUGAAACUGCUAACUUCAUGGCCAUGCUGGGUCCGUUGCUGACCCAGAGCCUGGCGAGAAACAUUGGUGGGAACGCAUCUCGAAGUGAGCUUGAUAGACUUAGUGAACCUAUUAAGAAGCUUGUGAGUCGGUAUCCUUCAGCGAACGCCUGGUUAGGCUCAGCGUUGAACGACCCUUCGUUUCCGAGUACUAAAGUCACUGCGGAGCAAAAAUCACUCUUCAUCAAGAAACUGAUCAGUCUCCGCGGAUCACGGGCCACGAACCAGCUGAUUAGAGAUUUUUGGCUGGCAGCGAGAGGGUCCAAUUUUGCUUAUGUAUCCUGA